AUGGUGCUUUCACAACCUCCAAACCAGCAUGUCAUGAAAGCGUUCGACCUCACGGGCAAGGUUGCCGUGAUCACAGGCGGAGCUCGGGGAAUUGGACUAGAAGUCUCCCAAGCAUUGGCUGAAGCUGGAGCUGAUGUUGCUCUGAUCUAUAACACUUCCAAGACUGCCGAUAGUAUUGCUGCGGACAUUGCAAGCGCCAACAAUGUACGUGCGGCGGCAUAUCAGGCCAAUGUCGGCAUUCAGUCUGAGAUUGAGGCUGCAGUGCAGAAAGUCACGAAGGACUUUGGCAAACUCGAUAUCAUGGUAGUGAAUUCGGGUAUUGUGUCGUCGAUUGCCGCGGAGGACUACACGGUCGAUCAAUGGAGCGGGAUUAUGAAGGUCAAUCUUGACGGUGCUUUCUAUUCUGCGCAGGCAGCUGGGCGUAUUUUCAAGACUCAGGGCCAUGGAAAUGUUAUUUUCACAGCUUCUGUUAGUGCGACGCUGGUCAAUGUACCCCAGAAACAGGCUGCGUACAACGCAUCAAAGGCAGGUGUUGUGCAGCUGGCCAAGUGCCUGUCCGUGGAGUGGGUUGACUACUGCAGAGUGAACUGUAUCUCGCCUGGAUUCAUUGCCACCGACAUUCUUGAUAUCCAUCCCGAGGAAUGGCGGGAGAAAUGGUUCAGCAUGAUUCCUGCUAAGAGAAUGGCGGAAUGUUACGAACUAAAGGGAGCUUAUGUGUUCUGCGCCUCCGACGCUUCCAGUUAUAUGACUGGAGCCAACCUGAUUAUUGAUGGUGGCUAUACUCUGCCUUGA